CCGCGUGUUUUGUUCUCACCAUUACGACACUUUGCACGACUUGCACGAUUCAGUUUCCCCCAGACUUCGUGUAUACCUCUAUCCUCCCCUGUCGCGCUACCAUCUACCAUCACCCUUUCUCACUUCAACCCCGAUGGCUCGAUUUGGCGAUUUUCAAGCUCUUUGCUCCCAGGUACCGUCAUACACCUGGUGUAAUCUCUUUUAUCGUCAGUUGCAAACCAAUGAUCCAACGGUCUUGGUUGGUGUAUCCCAAAACGCCGCCUCUGCCCCAGUCGGUGUUAAUCCAGAGUGUGGGAUACCAAAAUUAAACACCAACGGCUCUCUGGGCAACAUCGCCAAUAUCGUUGCUUGCGGUCUCAGUAUCUUCAUUGUCGGAGCUUUGAUCUACUUCACUGGAAGGCGUAAAGCAGCAGUUGGCCGUGUGGAACUCCGGAUAUUCUUCGCCUUAUACCUCUUGACCCUUCCAUUCCAGUUAAUCACGACCGGCUCGUUGCUUACUCAGGGCACAACUGCCUUGGUUGUCCUUACUGCCAUACAUGCUGGUCUCGUCGCUACAUUAUUCUGGACGUUGCUGGCCAAUGCCAUUGUAGCCACCCAAAUUGUGGAAGAUGGCACCCUGAGCUCAAUAGUACCCUUCUCCAUCAUUUCCGUCGCAUUCUUUGUGGCUACAACCUAUAUAUCCUUGGACGUCGGACUCACCAUUACCCAUGUGAUCGGAACGUCAAAUCCACCCCAAUCUAUCAACAGUAUACCACUUUUCGUCCUCACCAGUAUCUGGCCAGGAGUCGCUGCUUUAAUCUAUUUCGGAAUCAUGCUGUACAUUGUCCUCGGGAUUCUCAACGAAAUCCGACCGGUUUGGUACUAUGUUAUCGCAGCCAUCCUCUUCGUGCUUAGCCAGCUCGACUACUUCUUGCUCAACAAAAUCAUAUGUCGAGGCUCGUCGAUGAAAGUUGACGGCUCGUUCAUUGCCACAAUACUAGAGACCGCAUGCGUAGUCGCUCUUUACUUUGCAUGGAGAGGAAUCACAGAAGAGGACUGGGAUAACGAUCUCUACUACCCAUCAUGAUAUAGAUGAAUGGGCUAUGUAUGUUGUUAUGUUUGUGAUUUUCCUUAUCGUUUAUACACGCGAUACAUGUUACUCCUCGGUUUACACGCUUAUUCGCCUUUCCUUGCAUUCUGCCUAUGUAUGGUUAUCUACGCGGCGUUAGCGCUAGGGCUGGUCGUGAAGUGUUGUGGGGCAGGUUCUGGUUAAAAAGAGGCACACCAGUGGCUCGCUAGCGCUUGGACUUGUAACUUGUAUCUCUGCGGGGUGCAUACCCGAAUAUUGUUGUGCUGUAAUAUCAUCAUGAUAUACCAUCAA